UCUACUUUUCAAACCUUUUCCUCAGUUAAAUAAAGUUCUUAAAAGUUAAAAGUAGUAGUUUCAGUAUGAAGAGUGUCCUUUUCCGAACCGGUUCCGGCUCAAUUCCGGUCCAAACACCGGUAAUUCCCGGUUCACCGAGAGUCUCUAAUAUCGGCAAAGUGUUUAACGUAGAGAAGAAGAAGAAGAAAAAAGGAUCACGUUCUUCUUCUUCUCCUAUGAUCUCUCUGAGUAUACGCCGGACUUCAUCUGAGUCCGAUGUGAUCGGAUCGGCGAUUGAAGGUUCCGGUGUAACUAGGACGUUGAGUAAGCUUGGAUCGUUAUCAUUACCGGCAGUAAUUCCAGAGGAAGAUUGCGGUAAUUCUGAGUUGGAGAUUCUGCGAAGUAGUAUUGGAUCCCUGAGUUUGACGGAAGAUCGACAGAGGAGCGGUAUUCCGAUGGAUGAGCUUGGAUAUCUCGGUGGUGGAAUCGGCAAAAAUAGAAAGUUUGGCGGUGGCUGUGGCGAUCGAGAUGAAUCCUCAGAUCCGAGGAAACUCGGAGAAUAUUAUAAGGAAAUGUUGACUGCAGAUCCUAUGAAUUCUCUUCUUCUCAGAAACUAUGGCAAGUACUUGCAUGAGGUAGAGAGAGAUUAUGUGAAAGCUGAAGAGUGCUACGGAAGAGCUAUACUAGCAAAUCCUGGAGAUGGAGAAGUGCUUUCUCUGUAUGGCAAAUUGGUUUGGGAGACACAGCGAGACGAGAGUAGAGCCAAAUCUUACUUUGAUCAAGCUGUUCACGCUUCUCCUGAUGACUGCACUGUGUUGGGAUCGUAUGCACGCUUCGUGUGGGAAGCAGAAGAGGAGGAGGACGACGACAAAGAAGAAGUGGAGAAAGAAACAGUAGCAGCAGGAGCAGCCAUGAUUGCAGCAUACUAGAAAAACCAGAGAGAAUAACUAAUAAGAUUUCUAAGCUUAACAUCGGUUUUGUAAUAUUAUCGCUAAGAGCUAACGUAUGUUAAUGUACCUGUAAAACGUAAUAACCUUAUAAUAAAGGAUGAAUAUGUAACAUAAAUCACUAGCUACAUCAAUACUAUGUUAUGGAAAAUGAGGGGAAGUCACUAUAGAAGAGAGAAUGUAAAGAGAAGAGACUGUGGGAGUUCUCUAAGUUCGAAGUUUUGUACAGCACUACAGCUCUUUAAUCAACUAUUAGCGCUCUUGUAAUUC